CAUAGCUGAAAAUUUAACUCCGCUCAUGCUCAUGCUUCUUUCGCUCGCCCUUGGGGCUGUCAUCUUGGUUCUCGCCAUACUCUGGACAACUGGUAUCAUGGUCUUUAGCUUUGGAGGACGUAGCCACUUUCCGGUCGAUGGCAAGACUGUCAUCCUUACGGGCUCGUCGCAGGGCAUGGGCGGCGAGAUUGCAUGUCUGCUCGCAGCGCGCGGUGCCAAUCUCGUGCUCGUUGCCCGCACGGAAAAGAAUCUCAAGGCCACUGUUCAGCGCGCCAAAAAGUGUGCAAAGGAACCCGCCGACCAGCGCUUCACCUACAUCGCAGCCGAUGUGACGUCGGAGGCGGAGAACGCCCGCAUUCUUCGCGAAGCAACCGCCUGGAACCAUGGCCGCAUGCCCGAGAUUGUGUGGUGUGUGGCCGGAUCCUCGACGCCUGGCCUGUUCGUCGAAACCAGCACCGAGACGCUGAGGCAACAGAUGGACUUGAACUACUUUGCGACUGCAUACAUGGCCCAGAAGGCGCUGCAGGCCUGGCUAUAUCCCGAAGUCCCCUACCACACACGCGAUAAACCUACCUCUCCUGAAUCACCCAGAAAAUUCAUCAUGACAUCGUCUGCGCUUGCAUUUGUCAAUAUUGCCGGCUAUUCGCCCUACUCUCCCGCCAAAGCCGCCCUCCGCUCGCUCGCUGAUGGCCUGCGCUCAGAAGUCCAGCUGUACAACGCGGCUCGUCACUCCAAUGUCAAGGCAGACUUCACACCCGCCCCGUUCGAUGUCAACAUCCACAUCGUGUUCCCAGGCAGCAUCCUGUCCCCAGGCUUUGAGAAGGAGAACAAGACAAAGCACCCCGUUAGCAUGGAGUUGGAAUCUGCAGACCCAAAGCAGACAGAGCUCGAGGCAGCACAAUCCUGUCUCGACGGCCUAGAUAAAGGUCACUUUAUGACACCAACCAAUUGGCUUGUGCACUUGAUGCGCUGGGGUAGCUUGUCUGGCAGCGAGAAGAACAACUGGCUCAUUGAUGCGAUAGGGGCACUAGUAUCGGUCAUUGCUUGGUGGUUUAUAGCACCAGAUAUGAACAGAACCGUCCGGGGUUGGGGAAAGAAGAACGGCAUGCCAGCGUUUAGGCCGAACGCGCAGUAG